AUGUAUCGUUACAACAAGGGUCUGAAGACCGCCUCCUUCUACUUCCCCGGCGGCGCGGCUAACUACAGCGGCCAGGCGGUCGACCGCGUGCGCGUGACGGACGCCGGUCACCCGGACGACAACGAGACGGAGUGGCGGCAGAACAUCGACGCGGUGAUGAGCUGGUUCGCCGACGAAGACUUCGACCUGGUGACGCUGUACUACGGCGAGCCGGACAACGUGGGCCACGCCCGCGGGCCGGACACGCCCGACAGGAAGCGCAUCAUCCGGCAGAUCGACCGCACCGUGGGCUACCUGCGGGACGCCAUCGCACGGCACCGGCUCAACGAGAACCUCAACGUCAUCAUCACCUCCGAUCACGGCAUGACCACCGUCAAGAAGCGCCCACAGGUGGACGAGAUCGUCCUCAACAAGUACCUGGACUUACUGAAGCUCGCCAGCUUCGAGAUCCUCGACUACGGCGGCUUCGGCAUCCUGACCCCGCGGCCGGGCAGGGAGCAGGAAGUGUUCGAUGCCCUGUCCCGCGCGCCCAACCUGACCGUGUACCGGAAACACGAGAUCCCCGAGAGCUUCCGGCUCGCCAAGAGCCAGCGCCUGCCGCCCAUCGUGGUGGUCGCCGAUCUGGGCUUCAACCUGAACUCCAGAUUCAUCGUCUACGUGAACAAAGGCGACCACGGCUACCAUAACGGAGAGAUGGACAUGAAGAUGAUCUUCAGGGCCUUCGGACCCGACUUCAAGAAGAACUUUGUGUCCAAGCCGUUCGACAGCAUCCACAUCUACCCUCUGAUGUGUAAAGUGCUGCAGAUCGAACCGGCGCCGCACAACGGGUCUCUGGUGGAGACCCAGGACCUGCUGCUGCACAGCGGAGGGGGGUCCCAGAGAGGCCGGCUGUCUGCUGCGCUGCUGCUGCUCAUCACGUCCACGCUGCUCUAACUGACCCAGGACCACUGGAAACUACACUCAACUGCAAUGAAAAG